AGACGAAAACAGAACGUGGUUUACUUGAGCAGACCAUGAUGAACGUGGAGAGACACAGCUGCGCCGUGAGGGAGAUCUCCAUUUGUAUCCUGAUCAGAUUUACAUGGCGCACCGAGCCGCGGUUGUCGCCUUUCUGGUUGCCUACCAUCAAAACAAAGCACUUAUUGGAGAUCGAGGGCUUCUGCCAUGCAAGCUAUACCUGGAGAAUGUGAAGCACUAUUUCAAGGGCAGAAUCAACAUGGAGACAUUAAGCUACGCCCCAACUCUGAUCUGGUUCUUGGAUUGGUCCAACAUGAACAGCAUCCUCGAUGCCUUCGCUCUCAUCGGUUUGGCCAUCUCAGCUUUCGUCCUGGUCACCGGAUGUGCCAACAUGAUUCUCAUGGCUGCUGUAUGGAUGAUCUACCUUUCCUUAAUUAACGUGGGACAGAUCUGGGGCGUCGGAUAAGACGGAAUGUCGGAUAAGCAAAGGUCGGUUAAACGAGACUCUACUGUACAUUGGCAUAUUGGUUCUAGACUGGAAAUUCUUGUACCAGUGUGUCAUCUUAAUAAAACCUGCAAAGAGAA